AUGGAUCUCAACUCGCUAUCAGCAUGGAGCAUCCCGCUCACACAGUGGCUUCUCGUCCAGCUCCUGACAGGGUGGACAAUCGCCUUCACACAGCCAUACUCCAAACUUAGACCGGCUGUCACUGCAAUUGUCAUCGCACUCGCCUACUCCUUCCAGACUCAAGUCCGGCAGACCUUUGCCGAGACUCGCGCGCGAGGACCCCUAGCCGCCAUGUGCUGGGUGAACGUGCUCAACGCGAUCGACCUGCUGGUGCUGAGUCGAGCCUCAUUCGAUGAGCAGAUCGCAUGGAAGACGAAACUCAGUCAAAGCAAGUCUGCAGACAGUAGCUACCGGAGAAGACUCGUCUGGUCCGUCGAAAUGGCCUUCAACUACCGUCGCGUUAAUACACCCUGGCAGAUCCGCGCUGUCCCCGCGUUCGACAAGCAUGACCCGGGAUUCGUCCCGGACAAGUGGGACUUUUUGCGCCGGUGUGCGGCCAAAGUCUGCGGGUCGCUGCUUGUGCUGCAUUUCUGCACUAUCGAUGCGGGUGAUGCUUGUCUCGCAGGUAUGAUUUCCGAGAUUUCUGGCUCGAAGAACGUGCUACUCCCUACCUGGGAGGAAUGGACUGCGCGCCGCGCGCUCGUCCAGAUGCUGUUCACCAUCUCUUUUGGCUUCGUCACGCGAGCGGCUAUACUGGGAACGUACAGCCUUCUCUCCAUGUUCUUCGUCGCGGUGGGGGCGUACGAGCCCGUCGACUGGCCGCCGGUUUUCGGCGACUUGGGUGAUAUGUACUCGCUGACGCGGGUUUGGGGAAUCGCCUGGCAUCAGAUCCUGCGCAAGCUGGUCACAUCCAAUGCGGAUUUCCUGCUUUUCGACGUCCUGAGACUCCCGCAGGGGUUUGUGGCUAGGAGUCUUCGGCUGAUUAUGGCGUUUGCGACGUCGGGGUUAGUCCACUUCCUCAUGGAUCUGGGCUUCGGGGUAUCCCUGGACCAGAGCGGAGCGUUGUGGUUCUUCUGUCUGCAGAUUCCGGGCAUCGCGUUCGAGAAUCUAGUGUGGUGGACUUGCCAUGGAAUGAUCAAGCGGAUGGGUUACCGUUGGAGGAAGGCUAUCGGGUAUGUCUGGGUAGUCCUUUUCUUUCUUUGGGCAACGCCCGUGUGGCUGAACCCGAUUAUCCUGCGAUUGUACCAGGAUGGGCAGAGAAUACCGUCUCCGUUUUUGGGGUUCGAGGGUGUUUAUUCUCUUUGA